AUGACUGCUUGCAAUGCCUCACAGGGCCACCCUUCUUUCUUCAUUCUCCAAGGCAUUCCUGGCAUGGAGGACAAACACAGAUGGAUAUCUAUCCCCUUCUCCUCCAUGUAUUUCAUUACGGUGCUUGGGAACUGCACCAUCCUCCUCGCCAUCUCCACAGAGCGCUCCCUGCACAAACCCAUGUUCCUGCUCCUCUGUCUGUUGGCCCUCACAGACCUGGGCAUGUCUACAACCACCGUUCCCAAGGUGCUGUGCAUUUUCUGGUUUGGCCAGAGUGAGAUCAGCUACGAAGGAUGCCUGGUUCAGCUGUUCUUCAUCCACUCCAUCUCUGCCAUGCAGUCAGCUGUCCUGAUGACCAUGGCCUUUGACCGCUAUGUGGCCAUCUGCAAGCCCUUGCACUAUGCCACCAUCCUUUCCAAUAGUCGCACUGGACUCAUUGGCUUAGUGAGUUUGGUGAGAGCUAUCCUCUUUAUUCUCCCCAUGCCCAUCCUCCUUCAGCAAAUGCCCUAUCAUGCCAAUCGUGUCAUCCCCACCACCUACUGUGAGCACAUGGCUGUGGUGAAGAAGGUUUGUGUAGAUACUACAGUCAACAGGAUAUAUGGCCUGGUGGUGGCCUUGUUGGUUGCUGGGCUAGAUCUCUCAGCUAUUGCUUCAUCUUAUGUGCUAAUCAUCCAGGCUAUAAUGCGUCUCUCUUCUAAGGAAGCCCACCACAAAGCAGUCAACACCUGCACCACACACAUCUGUGUCAUGCUUAUUUCUUAUACUCCCUCACUUUUCUCUUUUCUAGCUCACCGCUUUGGCCGAGGCAUUCCACCCCAGGUCCACGUCAUUCUUGGCAACCUUUACUUCCUUAUACCUCCAAUGCUCAAUCCUAUAAUUUAUGGAGUGAAAACUAAGGAGUUCCGGGACAAAGUGACCAAAUAUGGUUGCUGGAAAAAAGAGCCCACAACCACUGCCUGUGGUCAGAAACUUGUCUGGUAA